UGCCGAUCGAGCUCCGGGUUGCCGCGGGUUAAAUACAACCGAGAGCGUUGUCAAAAGCUAUUGGGACCGACUUUCUCAAUUUCAACAUUUUAUUUAGUCGAACAAAGGAAUAUAUACAUAUUGUGCUUGGGUAUUUCUUUUUGUGGCAUUAUCGCUUGGUAUGUUACCAAGAUGGCUGAAAAGCUCAUUAGCGCCGAGGAAGUUGUAAAGCAUACCACGCCCGAGAGUUGCUGGGUGGUACUAUACGGGAAUGUCUAUGAUGUAACAGAGUUCUUGCCCUCGCACCCCGGUGGUUCCAAGAUCAUUUUGCAGCUCGCCGGCCGGGAUGCGACGGACGAGUACGACCCCAUACAUCCGCCGGGAACGCUGGAGGAAAACCUCAAGCCGGAGGCUAAACUAGGUCGUAUCGAUCCUCAAACUAUAGUCCAGGCUAGCAAGCCGGCUGCCAAGGAGGAAAAGAAAGAUGUGGACGGCGUGCCGCCCAUGGAGAGCCUAUUGAAUCUCAACGAGAUCGAGGAGGUUGCCACGAAGCGCAUGCCCGAGAAGGCGUGGGCGUACUACUACUCUUCCAGCGACGACACCAUUUCCAAGUCCUUCAACAACACCGUUUACAAGGACAUCCUGCUGCGGCCGCGAGUCUUCGUCGACUGCACCAAGUGCGACACCUCCACGACCUUGCUGGGGCACAAGGUCGACAUACCGAUAUUCGUGGCGCCGGCCGCGAUGGCGCGACUGGGGCACCCGGACGGCGAGGCCGGGAUCGCCCGGGCCUGCGGCCGGUUCAACGCGCUGCAGGUGAUCUCGAACAACGCGUCGAUGACGCCGGAGCAGAUCGUCGCGGACGCGGUGCCGGGCGGGCAGAUCUUCGGGUGGCAGCUGUACGUGCAGAACGACCGGGCCAAGAGCGAGGCCAUGCUCGCGCGCAUCAACCGCCUGGCCGACAAGUUCAAGUUCGUCUGCCUGACGCUGGACGCGCCGGUCCCCGGCAAGCGCGAGCUCGACGAGAAGCAGAGCUUCAAGAACGCCGUCCGGGUCGCGUCCGGGGUGAAGACCUCGGACGAGCCCAACCGGCCGGGCGGCGGCGGCGUGGGGCAGCAGCUCUUCUUCGGCACGGCGUCGGACCUCACGUGGAAGAUCACGCUGCCGUGGUUGGCCAAGCACACGGAUCUGCCGAUCGUGCUGAAGGGCAUCCAGACCCACGAGGACGCGUUCCUCGCGGCGAAGUAUGCGCCGCAGGUCAGGGCCAUCAUACUGUCGAACCAUGGCGGGCGUGCCUUGGACACCGCGCCGCCUGCUGUGCAUACCCUGCUGGAGAUCCGGAAGCACUGCCCGCAGGUGUUUGAUCAGAUUGAGGUUUGGGUCGACGGCGGCAUCAAGCGCGGGACGGAUGUCGUCAAGGCGUUGUGCCUGGGCGCCCGGGCCGUGGGCAUCGGUCGGGCUGCGCUGUUCGGGCUCGGGGCCGGUGGCCAGAAGGGCGUUGAGAGGACGUUAGAAAUCCUUAAAGCGGAGAUAGAGACGUGUAUGAGGUUGCUGGGCGUAGAAAAAGUGAGCGAUCUGGGUCCGAGACAUAUCAAUUCUAGAAAAGUCGAGAGAGACAUCUUUGACGGAGACGCGGGAUUAGAGACAUUUGGGCUGUGGGAUAAAGUCAAGUCUAGACUGUGAGUUACUGUCUACCUCUAGUGCCUAGGUGCCUUACCUUAGUAUAUACAGCCGUAGAGUAGGUAGAGGAGUUAUGCCGUGUUAUCAUUCAUGUACGCUCAGCGAUAGUACUACCUUUGGAUAAACCCAGCAUAGCGAUAGCGAAAGGCAGGUCUUCUAUGAUUACAAUGUUAUAUAUAUUACACACUUAUAAGACAUCGAACUGGUAGUAUCGAAAUUGAUAUCCAAUGAUUGACUACCUACUUUCCUCGACCAUUCUUAUAUAUGCAAUGUGAAGAUAUUCCUAACCAGAUAAUAAAA